AUGUCGACUCCUGAUAUAUUAUUAUCUUCUCUAGAAACAAAUACAACUCAAGCUUCUCUUACUAUUACUGCAUAUCGACAACAUCUGAUUAAUCAUAUCACGAAAACACCAAUAUCUUCACUUCCACGUCUUCAUCUCCGCCUUAAUCUACUUGAUCUCGAAAAGUUCGAACUGAAAAAUUAUCAUCAUGAUAUGAUGAACAAACCUUUACCUGCCGGAACUACAAUGACAGAUGUGAUGAAGAGGAAUGCUCUGUUCGUUAAACAUGUCAAAUUUCUCGAUGAUCAACAAACGAUGGUUCGAAAACAACUAUACAAUGCAAUCCGCAAAAUGCAGAUUCAGGAAUCAAUUAUUCGUACCGCUCCCGCUGAGAUCAGAUCUAAGCUCUUGAAUGGCCAAAAGUUGUUUGGUCAACUUCAAGCUGAGAUAGCGUGUGGUCAAUGUGUCGCGAUAAACACUCGUCGCAUACAUCAUUUACAUCUUUCCCUUCAAAGAUUAUACCGACAAGCUGUUGACUCGCAACGUCAACGUCAACGUCAAUGUCAACGUCAAUGUCAACGUCAAUGUCAACGUCAACAAGCUAGACGAUCGAAUGCUCCUAGUCCAUCUACAGUUUCCAUUGAAACUCCUCCUCCUCCAUAUUCGGCUAAUUAA